GCUUCAAAAUGUUCCAAGCUAUACAUUUUAUUAUUUUAGAUGUAUCAAAAUGUCCGAACAACUCAAACCUCUAAAUCCAAAUUACGUAACAGACUUCUUCUCAGUAAAUCGUUGGAUGCUUCGGUGUGCUGGCCUAUGGAGACCCAAUACCAGCAACCAAACAAUUCAAAAACUCUACACUAUCUACGCAAUAACGGUAUUUCUCUUUGUAAAUGUAUGGUUCACAUUUACAGAAUUUAUCUCCCUAUUUUACACAUACAAAAAUCAGUAUGAAUUAAUUAAAAAUGUGAACUUUUUCUUAACCCAUUUCAUGGGUGCGGUAAAAGUGGUUUUUUGGUAUUUUUAUGGACAUGACCUAAUAGAAAUCAUGAAAGCUUUGGAGGAUCAAAGGUUGCAGUAUGAAGAUUAUAGAUUUUAUCAGCCUGGUCGGAUAUCUCACAAAUACAAGAAAAUCGGCAUAAAAUACUCUUUACUGUUUCUUUUGUUGGCACAUGCUACACUACUCUCAUCGUACAUUCCUCCCAUGAUAACUGCUAUACAGUACACAUGGUAUUGUGGUUCUAGCUGCACCGAAAAUAUUACAAAGUCGCUGCCUGCUAGACUUCCUUACUACAGUUGGAUGCCCUUUUCUUAUGACAAAGGACCUAACUACCUUUUGGCAAUGAGUUAUCAAGCUGGUCCCAUGAUCUCUUAUGCCUACAGUAUAGUAGGCAUGGACACUAUGUAUAUGAAUAUUAUGAACUGUGUGGCAGGAAAUCUGAUGAUUAUACAGGGUGCUUUCUUGGUUCUACGUGAGAGAUGUUUAAAUCGCAUUGGAGAGAAUAUUACUGAACAUGAUUUAAUUAUUCUUGAAAAUGAUAAAGUUUUACCAGAAAUGAAAAGGGAAUUGAUGAAAAUUAUGAGACAUUUGCAAGUGACGUACGGGGCUUGUCAGAAUCUAGAAAACAUCCACCGAUAUGUAACGCUGUGUCAAGUAACAGCAACACUUUUCAUAUUAUGCACUUGCUUAUUUUUAGUUUCAAGCGCUCCGCCUCUAAGCAAACAAUUUAUAGCAGAGAGCGUUUAUAUGGCCGCAAUGUUCUUUCAAUUAUUCUUGUAUUGUUGGUUUGGAAAUGAAGUCACUUUAAAGUUUGAAGAAAUACCGCGGUACAUUUGGGAAAGUAACUGGCUUGCCACUGAUAAAACGUUCAAGAAAAACAUGAUUUUUACCAUGAUGAGGGCCAGGCGGCCAGUGUAUUUUACUGCUGGGAAGUUUUCACCUCUUACGUUGCCUACCUUUGUAUCUAUAAUAAAAACAUCUUACUCAAUUUUUGCUUUAAUUAAGAAUUCCUCCGAUUGAGGAACCAAAUAACACUUUGUAGUAGACUAUAUGCUGCUCACUGCUUACAAAAAGGAACUGUCUCAUUGUUUACGAAUAUAUUUUUGUUCUGCUUUAUAUACAAUAUGAUAUAAAUAUAUACACUUUACAUGUUAA